GCCAGCUCCGGGGGGCGGGUGCCGGAGCGCAUCGCAGCCCUAUCCGUCUGCGGAGCCGACUAACUGGAAGCCGGGCGCUGCCUCGGGAGGUGGACGAUGCGGGCAGGUGCUGCGGGCUGCGCCAUGGACCAGCCGCGCCUGCUGCUGCUGCUGCUGCCGCUGCUGCUCCUGGGGGUGUCCUUCGGAGGUGCCAAGGAGGCCUGCCUCACAGGCCUGUACACCCACAGCGGGGAGUGUUGUAAAGCCUGCAACCUAGGCGAGGGCGUGGCCCAGCCCUGCGGUGCCAACCAGACCGUGUGCGAGCCCUGCCUGGACAGCGUGACAUUCUCCGACGUGGUGAGCGCCAUCGAGCCGUGUAAGCCGUGCACCGAGUGCGUGGGCCUGCAGAGCAUGUCAGCGCCCUGCGUGGAGGCGGACGACGCCGUGUGCCGCUGCGCCUACGGCUACUACCAGAACGAGACGACGGGCCUCUGCGAGGCGUGCCGCGUGUGCGAGGCGGGCUCGGGCCUCGUGUUCUCGUGCCAGGACAAGCAGAACACGGUGUGCGAGGAGUGUCCUGACGGCACGUACUCCGACGAGGCCAACCACGUGGACCCGUGCCUGCCGUGCACCGUGUGCGAGGACACCGAGCGCCAGGUGCGCGAGUGCACGCGCUGGGCCGACGCCGAGUGCGAGGAGAUCCCUGGCCGCUGGAUUACACGGUCCACGCCCCCAGAGGGCUCGGACAGCACGGCCCCCAGCACCCAGGAGCCGGAGGCGCCUCCAGAGCAAGACCUCGUGGCCAGCACAGCGGCAGACGUGGCAACUACAGUGAUGGGCAGCUCCCAGCCCGUGGUGACCCGAGGCUCCACUGACAACCUCAUCCCCGUCUACUGCUCCAUCCUGGCCGCCGUGGUCGUGGGCCUCGUGGCCUACAUUGCCUUCAAGAGGUGGAACAGCUGCAAGCAGAACAAGCAAGGAGCCAACAGCCGGACCGUGAACCAGACCCCUCCGCCCGAGGGAGAAAAACUCCACAGCGACAGCGGCAUCUCUGUGGACAGCCAGAGCCUGCAUGACCAGCAACCGCACACACAGACGGCCGCAGGCCAGGCCCUCAAAGGGGACGGAGGCCUCUACAGCAGCCUGCCACCAGCCAAGCGGGAGGAGGUGGAGAAGCUGCUCAAUGGCUCCGCGGGGGACACCUGGCGGCACCUGGCAGACGAGCUGGGCUACCAGCCCGAGCACAUAGACUCCUUCACCCAUGAGGCCUGCCCAGUCCGGGCCCUGCUGGCCAGCUGGGCCGCCCAGGACAGCGCCACGCUCGACGCCCUCCUGGCUGCCCUGCGCCGCAUCCAGCGAGCCGACAUCGUCGAGAGCCUCUGCAGCGAGUCCACUGCCACGUCCCCCGUGUGAGCGGACCCGGGGCCCCUGCCCUGCCCCCACUCCAGUGACUGACACUCCGGCCGACCCCCAUGGGCCAGCGUCAGAGCUGAGCUCCUCUGGGCAGGGCCGGGGAGUCCGGAGCCUCUAAACCACAGCCCUGUCGCUGCCCCUUGUGGCCCCAUCGCUUCCGAUCACGCUCCCUCCCCAGCACCAGAAGUGCCCCUGCUGCCUCCCCUCCCCGCCCCCUCACCACCUCUGCCUUCUGCUCCUUCUCCCCAGACUUCCCUGUGGGCCGGCGCCUCCCACCACAGCAGGUGUCCUGCCUGGAGGGCUGACCCCGGGGGUGGCGGUGGGGUGAUGAUAAGGCCCCAGAGACUCAGAGAGACUGGGGAACCGGAGCCAUGGACUCUACACUGUGAACUUGGGGAACGAGGGAGCAUCAUCGUGGCCUAACCCCUCCCUCAGCCCCACCACAUCUCCCGUCUGGCCUAAGAUGAAGAGGAUCGUAAGCUUGUCAGAGCUGGAAGCGGGAGUUGAAAUCCAGCCCCCCCUCCUUGUUUUACGUACAGGACAGCGAGGCCCAGAGAGAGGCCCAAAGCCACUCACCAGCAGGGUGGCCAAACGUGGGCUGGCCUUGUCUUCCCUGAAUGAGGGGCGCAGGCUUCAGGUUGUCUUAAGCGCUGGGAGAGGGGAGCCAGGCGACCCCCUGGGAGAGGUCUUGCAGCCAAAUCCAGUCCACCCUGCGCCGUCUCCAGGCCUGUUCGCCCCCAUGGACAUGGAGACGGGAUGCGUUACCCAAAGCCUGGCUCUUGAUCCAUCUUGACCAGAGUCCGGUUCGGAGUUUGUGGAAAGGGGCGCUGCUUCCCUCGCCCGGCUCCCCAGCUCCAGGCGUGUCCACGUGGCAUCUGUGAAGGGGCCCCGUCUGUAAGCGCUCUCCAUCCCUGCCCUGUGUUGGCACAGACCCAGAGCCGACACAGGCAGUACUGGGGCUCAGGGGCUAAGGACCACCCACCCACGACACAGAUACACACAGGAUGAGAAAUCUUUUCUCCACAAGUUCCUUCUCUUAGGCUGGGACCGGAUCCUGCCCGGGGCAGCUGCCAGACAAGCAUCACAGGGGAUUGAACGCUGCUCGCCGGCUUCCCUCGCCCCCGGGUCUGGCGGGCCGAGGACGGCUGAGGCUUGAGCUGGCGCCUGUCUUCCCAGGGCCUGCACGUGGAGGAAUGCUCCCCACAUCCUCCCCUUCCCCAAAGCCUUGGGUUUGGCUGGGCCCCGAAGGUUGUGAUGAAGAAAAGGGGACCAGUGUGGGAACUCGGCAAGAAGCGAUUGAGUCAGACUGUAGCCAGCCCCUAGACGGCUCGUCCCAGGUUUAGAGGACCCCACCAAGGACAGUUUCUCCCUAGCCUGGUGCCAGGAAGGGGCCUGCAGCUCCCUCCCAGCCUGUUCUGUUUUGCUUGAUGUUGGAAUGAGUGGCUCCCCUUGUCUAUUUAGCAUGAACGAGCCCAGGUCAGGAUGUGUGCACUGACAGCCACCCCUCCCCCCCCAGGGAUCUCCCACCCUCCGACUGGGAGCGCUGUGCGUAGAGGGCAUUGCUUUGACCUCCAUCUGCAGUGGGAGGAGGAGACUCACCUGCUGGCCCCUGACCUGUGCAGCUGGGAGCGGGACAGUCUGAGUGUAUUUAUUUCCCUCCCCAGCAGCUGGGGAGGGGGAGGGGGUGGGGGUGGCAAGUACGUUUUAGCAUGUGUUCGGUUCUGGGGCCCCUCCUGCCUCCCUCCUGGCCUCCCGGCGGGGGGCUGCGAGCUCCUGACACCUUUCCCUUGCAUCCUGUGUAAUCAUUUCUUGGGCCCUCCUGAAUCUUACACAUAAAACAUAAAUGAACAUUAAAUAGCAA